AUAUCGCUUGUCAGUCGCUUUGGCAGCAAGACAACGUGGACUUCCAGCGACCUGAUCGGAAGCUCAUAUCCUGCUGCCAUACAAGUGUGACUGGUGCAAAGCGACUGCACGGUUUUCAACGCAGCUAAGUUAAAGCGUUAAGCUGUUUUAAAUAUCAUUAUUUCUUUUAAAUUCACAGUUCGCAUUCAUAAGUAGCGUGAGGUUUUGUAGCGGAGAGCUUUAAAAAAACAACAAAAAAAACAAAACCCAGCGUUAGUUGGCUAGCUAGCGUUGACCUUAUUCAAGAUCUGCCGCUUUGCUGCACUUGACGUGUUUUCUUUUGUGGAAGUAGUUAGCAUUUAGCCGCCACUGCCAUUAGCCCAGUGAUAGUGUGAAUUGUAGUGCAGCUCAGGGUUAGAGAGAGAGAGAGAGAGAGAAAGAGAAAGAGAGAGAGAAAGAGGAAAAAAAGCUAAACAUUACUUCAUGACAAUGACUGCGGAGGAGCAGACGAGUGAAGGACAACACACCAUCCCAAUGGAGGGGGAGGAUAUCACACCAAAGAAAGACGGGGGUGUUUUAAAGCUGGUGAAAAGGGAAGGCACAGGCACAGAGCUGCCCAUGACUGGUGACAAAGUGUUUGUACAUUACGUGGGCACGCUUCUGGAUGGUACUCACUUCGACUCGAGCAGAGACAGAGGAGAGAAGUUUUCCUUCGAGUUGGGCAAAGGCCAAGUAAUAAAGGCAUGGGACAUCGGUGUAGCCACAAUGAAAGUGGGGGAGUUGUGCCAGCUCAUCUGUAAACCAGAGUAUGCUUAUGGAUCUGCAGGUAGUCCACCCAAGAUACCCCCGAAUGCUACUCUUGUUUUUGAGGUGGAACUUUUUGAGUUUCGGGGUGAGGACAUAACUGAGGAUGAGGAUGGAGGAAUCAUCCGUCGGAUUAUCACUAAAGGGGAGGGAUAUUCCAAACCUAAUGAAGGAGCUGCUGUUGAAGUAACUGUGGAGGGUUCCUGCGAGGGACGUGUGUUCGACGAGAGAGAACUGAAGUUUGAGAUUGGAGAUGGAGAGAAUCUUGGCUUUCCAGCUGGAGUAGAGAAAGCUAUCAUGGCUAUGGAGCAGGGGGAGGAGGCACUCUUCACUAUGAAGCCUAAGUAUGGCUUUGGGAAUGCUGGAAAUGCAAAUUAUAACAUACCUGGCGGAGCAACACUGCAAUACAAAAUCAAACUGGCAGCGUUUGAGAAGGCUAAGGAAUCGUGGGAGAUGAACACUGGAGAGAAGCUGGAACAGAGCAGUAUUAUAAAAGAGAAAGGAACACAGUAUUUUAAGGAGGGGAAAUACAAGCAGGCGUCAGUGCAGUACAAAAGGAUCGUGUCAUGGCUGGAACAUGAAUCUGGUUUGUCAGAAGAGGACGAGAAGAAAGCGAGAGCAUUGCGGCUGGCUGCACAUCUGAACUUGGCCAUGUGCUUCCUUAAACUACAGGAGCCAAGCCAAGCUCUAGAAAGCUGUGAUAAGGCUUUGGAGUUGGAUGCAUCCAGUGAGAAGGCUCUGUUCCGAAGGGGCGAGGCACUCUUUGGCAUGAAGGAGUUUGACAGGGCAAGAGAUGACUUUCAACAAGUUGUUCAACUGUAUCCUGCCAACAAAGCUGCCAAGAGCCAGGUGGUUCUUUGUCAGAAACGUAUCAAGGAGCAGCACGAGAAAGACAAACGCGUCUACGCCAACAUGUUCCAGAAAUUUGCAGAGAGGGAUUCAAAGAAAGAAGCAGAGAAGGUGAAGAGUGGAAGCAAGGAGAACGGUGAAGAUGAGAUGGAGAUUCAGAACGGAGAAAAGGAGGAUGCAAGCGAAGCAAAGGCGUAGAUGAAGAUGUGACUAUUAUGGUUCAUCUGUUCUUCAGACUUUUGUAUUUUCAGCCAUUUGUGUUUAAGGUGUGACUGUGUGACCAUAUGAAGAGUGUGUGUGAGUGUGUGUGAGUGUGUGUGAGUGUGUGUGUGUGUGUGAGUGUGUGUGAGUGUGUGUGAGUGUGUGUGAGUGUGUGUGAGUGAGAGAGAGAACAAGCGUGUAAACAAGAGCACUGAUUUUUGGGUGUGUCUUCUCUGGCUUUCUUUGUGUCCGGGCUUUUUGCUGUGGCUGCUAGCGGAGCCGGUGGGGCUUCUCCGGCUGAUGGCACUGUGGGACAUGGUUUUGAUAAAUUAAUUGUAUGCCACAACCCCACCCCUGAACCCUUUCAACCCACAGCUUUGAACUGUGCAUGUGUUCUCACAGCGUUCUGGGUAGGAAACAAGUGCAUCCAAGUGUUAAGUGCAGCAUUUCAAACCCUCACCCGUCAAGGGCUAGACCAUUCACCUUGCACUACCCCUCUCUGUCCUACACCCAUCCUCACAUUUUAUGCUAUCCAUCCAACCAACCCUCUUCUCAUGGGCCUACUGAUCAAUUCCUGGAGUUGUGAUGGUUGUGUGCAUAGAUGUGAUGCGUUUGAAUGUUAGAGUGCUUGUGUCCCAAAGUACGUAUGUAGCAGCACUGUGGAUAGCUGGUGUAAUAAGACGUAAACCUGGAAUAGCUGUCGGAGCUUCUUUCACAAUCUAAAUACGGAGCUCCCCUAUAACCCCCAGGGUACAGGACUGUUCACCUUUUCUUUGGAAAUACUGACUUUGUACUUUUUCCCCCAGUGUUGUGCUUGUGAUUUUCUGUAUUGUUCUCAAAAUGAUGAAUACAACCAAUGAAUUAACUGGAAUAUGUGCAUCCAGCUAGAAAGGACAUUAAUCCGCUUCUCCUGGACACACUCGAGUAAUAAACAGUCAAGUCUUUAGUCUUAAUUUACUGUAAAAAAGUAAAAUGUUUUGAACGUGUGCAUAUAUGGCUCAUCAGAUUCGGGCUGUUACAGACUGUAUGCCAGAGGAGGAUGCUUGCCCUGUCUGUUCAUUUUUAGUCAACAGCACCUGCAGAGUUGGUCAGAAACUGAGCUAGGGGGGGCUAAUUUAAAAACGGAGCUGUGGGUUGUGUGUUGAGUUUAUCUUUUGCCUGUUGGAAGGGUCACUGCUUGGUCUGCCCUGACAUAGCGAUAUAAUAAACAAUAGCUACAACUUGA